AUGGCUGUUGACGCGCUCGGCGUCAUCCUCGCGUCUCUCAAGCACAACCAAUCACUGCAGGAGCUUUCGCUGGACGGUUCGGUUGACUUCUUGCGUGAAACACUGUGGGACGGCCUUCAAGCCCUGCGGGACAACAGGGCGCUCAAACGACUCGAAAUUAAGGACUGCCACUUUUCGAACAGCUGUGCAAUUGUUAUGGCUCAAGUGCUGAGGCAUAACAGUGCCCUCGAAGAACUUUCGCUUUACAUGAACUCUUUCAGUGAUCUCGGAGCGCGAGCGCUUGCUAAGACCCUUCAGGAGAGCUCUUCCUUGAAGCGUCUCGACGUCUCGUACUGCCGGCUGACUAGCAACGUCGUGCCAAGCCUAGCCCGCAACAAGAGUAUCUGCGAGGCCGAAUUUCUCCAGACUCUCCGAACUCCGGGAGAGAUUAAGGCUCUCCAAGCGGUGCUGCUAGUCAAUCGAAGCUUGCACCGCCUCAAGUUCAGUUACGAUAAUCUUCCCAGCAAGGCGCCGGCUAUGCUUGCCCGUGCUCUGGAGAACAACUUUGUGUUCCUGACGCUGGAAUUCGAAUACCAGCACACGGAGACCGACAUGCACCCGGUAGUGAAGGCGCUCAACAGGAACCGAUCACUUCUGAACAGAGCGGUCGAAUGUGUCUUGGACGCUGCUAGGGAUGAACAGUCGACGCGAGCUCUUCGUCUUCUCUCCGCCACCGACUCGCUUCUGGACGCUGUCAGCGUGGCUUCGGGAAAAAGUCCCGUCAGCAGAGGUGCCGAUGACGACGUCGGAAAUAACGACAUCAGUGGUGGUGGAGGCGGGGCUGCAGGCGGAGGUGGAGGCGGCGGAGGCAGGUCGUUUCCACCACCAGAACCACGACGAAAACCCAUCGUACCUAGACCAACGCGUGUUCACCCGUCACCUGUACAGCCGCCACCUGUCACAACACCAGCGCAGCCUCCUGUUGGACCCGAUCCUGUUGGACCGCAACCACCACCACCGCCCCGGCCACCUACGGCCCCGCCUCCACCACCACCAACGGGGCGCCCCCGGCCACCCCUUCCACCGCCACCGCAGCCACCGCCGCCUCCACCACCUCCCCGCCAAACCUCCACCAAUGAACUCGUGUGCACGAUCGGCACGUACGCCGUCGUUCCGGCAAUGCUGCCCCCUGACGGCCUGUGUGACUACAUGUACUUCUGCCACGUGGUGGUGUCCAAGAACAAGGUGUACGCCGACCGCCUAGACUUCAGCUGGGACGUCUUCAAAGCGGAGAUGAAGAAGCGCGACAAGACAGGCGCCGGCAUCGGGUUCGACAGCCGGUGA